GAGUGUUUCCAGCCGUGAAAUUUCGUACAUAUAAUUCUUAUGCUGUUAUUCUUUUCGGACACAGAAACAUCAUCCAGAAAUAUCAGCAUAAUCAACGGAGAAUCAAAUUCAUUUUGAAUUUCAGCAAAUUAGAGGUACUAAGUUUCUUUACAUUGCAUUUUAAAAUAUACGUAAGUUUAUGUUUACAUUUUAAACUGACGUAGUGUUAUAUUUUGAUUUUCAGUACCUGCCUGACAUAAAACAUACUACAGGGAGUGCAGAAUUAUUAGGCAAGUUGUAUUUUUGAGGAUUAAUUUUAUUAUUGAACAACAACCAUGUUCUCAAUGAACCCAAAAAACUCAUUAAUAUCAAAGCUGAAUAUUUUUGGAAGUAGUUUUUAGUUUGUUUUUAGUUUUAGCUAUGUUAGGGGGAUAUCUGUGUGUGCAGGUGACUAUUACUGUGCAUAAUUAUUAGGCAACUUAACAAAAACAAAUAUAUACCCAUUUCAAUUAUUUAUUAUUACCAGUGAAACCAAUAUAACAUCUCAACAUUCACAAAUAUACAUUUCUGACAUUCAAAAACAAAACAAAAACAAAUCAGUGACCAAUAUAGCCACCUUUCUUUGCAAGGACACUCAAAAGCCUGCCAUCUAUGGAUUCUGUCAGUGUUUUGAUCUGUUCACCAUCAACAUUGCGUGCAGCAGCAACCACAGCCUCCCAGACACUGUUCAGAGAGGUGUACUGUUUUCCCUCCUUGUAAAUCUCACAUUUGAUGAUGGCCCACAGGUUCUCAAUGGGGUUCAGAUCAGGUGAACAAGGAGGCCAUGUCAUUAGAUUUUCUUCUUUUAUACCCUUUCUUGCCAGCCACGCUGUGGAGUACUUGGACGCGUGUGAUGGAGCAUUGUCCUGCAUGAAAAUCAUGUUUUUCUUGAAGGAUGCAGACUUCUUCCUGUACCACUGCUUGAAGAAGGUGUCUUCCAGGAACUGGCAGUAGGACUGGGAGUUGAGCUUGACUCCAUCCUCAACCCGAAAAGGCCCCACAAGCUCAUCUUUGAUGAUACCAGCCCAAACCAGUACUCCACCUCCACCUUGCUGGCGUCUGAGUCGGACUGGAGCUCUCUGCCCUUUACCAAUCCAGCCACGGGCCCAUCCAUCUGGCCCAUCAAGACUCACUCUCAUUUCAUCAGUCCAUAAAACCUUAGAAAAAUCAGUCUUGAGAUAUUUCUUGGCCCAGUCUUGACGUUUCAGCUUGUGUGUCUUGUUCAGUGGUGGUCGUCUUUCAGCCUUUCUUACCUUGGCCAUGUCUCUGAGUAUUGCACACCUUGUGCUUUUGGGCACUCCAGUGAUGUUGCAGCUCUGAAAUAUGGCCAAACUGGUGGCAAGUGGCAUCGUGGCAGCUGCACGCUUGACUUUUCUCAGUUCAUGGGCAGUUAUUUUGCGCCUUGGUUUUUCCACACGCUUCUUGCGACCCUGUUGACUAUUUUGAAUGAAACGCUUGAUUGUUCGAUGAUCACGCUUCAGAAGCUUUGCAAUUUUAAGAGUGCUGCAUCCCUCUGCAAGAUAUCUCACUAUUUUUGACUUUUCUGAGCCUGUCAAGUCCUUCUUUUGACCCAUUUUGCCAAAGGAAAGGAAGUUGCCUAAUAAUUAUGCACACCUGAUAUAGGGUGUUGAUGUCAUUAGACCACACCCCUUCUCAUUACAGAGAUGCACAUCACCUAAUAUGCUUAAUUGGUAGUAGGCUUUCGAGCCUAUACAGCUUGGAGUAAGACAACAUGCAUAAAGAGGAUGAUGUGGUCAAAAUACUCAUUUGCCUAAUAAUUCUGCACUCCCUGUAUAUAUGGAAUGUUUGUUAAAAAUGUAAAUGCCAGUAAACACAGUAAUAUGGGAGAUGGCGCCUGGGAGCUCUGGCACCAUAACCACCACAAUGAGUUGAAGUAGAUAUGGUGUCUAGACUGACGCUUUACAUUUUUGGCUGACUUUUUUUGCUCCCAUUACAUUUUCAGAGCAGGAUUUACACAACUUGACACCUUAUGAAUAUUUUUCUAGACAUGCUUUCCAUAUGAUCAGUGAAAGAUCAUUAAAGGGACUCUCCAGUACCAGGAAAACAUAUUCGUUUUCCUGGCACUGCAGAAGCCUGCAGUGCCCCUCUCCCUCCCACCCCCCAUCCCAUGUUGCUGAAGGGGUUAAAAUCCCUUCACUGACUUACCUGAAUUCAUCACGAUGUCCCUCGGCUCUGGGUCAGGCUCCACCUAUUCUUCUCCCCCACCGACGUUAUAAAAACUGCAAUAAUUACACUUGCAGGGCUAAGGGUGGUGGGAGUUGGCACCCAGACCGAUGUCCCUCUGCGCUGGGUCAGGCUCUGCCUACUCUCCUCCCCCACUGAUGUCAGCCGGAGGGGGAGACGUAAUGCGCAUGCGCUGCAAUGGCCGGGCACGUGCAUUAGACCUCCCCAUAGGAAUGCAUUAUUAAAUGCUUUCCUAUGGGGAUUUCGGCAAUGCUGGAGGUCCAGUCGGUCUCCCCCUCCAGCAACCAGGCUCCCACCAGGCUACUUCCGUGGUAGUGCUGGAGGUCCUCACAUAACGUGAGGACGUCCAGCGUUGUUUAAUGGGCAGAAGUGGUCUGGGUACCUGGAGUGUCCCUUUAAUGGUACUGACAGGCAAAAUCAGGUAAUUAAUUCAUCAGGGCAUCCCUUGUAGUGGCAAAAAAUUUUAUUACAGUUAUUUAUAUUUAAUAAAAAUUGAAGACAGAAGUUUACAGUGCUGUGUCGAGUGCUGAUGUACAAAAAUGGUAAAGGGUGUCUUGUCAACCCAAGUCUUAUGCAAAUCUAUUUAAAUAUAUAUUAAUAAAACCAUGAUUUGAUGAUUCUCACUAAAUCUUAUCUUGUUGUUAUGAUUAUUAUUCAAGAAUCCUGUAGAUGUAUUUCACUAUAUGCACAUUUUGAAAUAUAAAGACUUUGACCAUAAUGGGACAUGUGCCAAACGUGCGUCAUCACUGCCCUAUGGCAUUCCGCCAAUAAUUAAUGAGCCUGUCAUCUAUGGCAGUGCAUGAAUUCUACAUACAGCUGGGAGGCACAGUUCAUGUACCUUUUAACAGCAUGAGCCAGAAGCAUUGGCCGAUCCGGGGGGGGGGGCAACGGGGCAAUUGCCCCCCCCCCCGAGAUUCCCCCCUGCCGGCUAAUGCUGGCAUUGCUGCCAGCAAUGUGCCUGCGGACCGGGGAGGAGAUCAGAUCAGAGAUCUCCCUCCCCGGUCCGCAGGCACAAUGCUGACAGCCGGCAGGGGAGGGAGAGAGGACCCGGUAGCUCAAUCUGCAGCUCCUCCGGGUCCCCAUCACGCGAGAGUGAAGUCUAGCCCUGGAGCGCGAGCUAGACUUCAGUCCACACUGGAACCACCAGGGAAUCCCACUGGGACCACCAGGGACGGAGAUAUGCCCCCCCUCCUCCUCAAUAAAGGUACGAAUGGAGAGGGGACAUCAAUUUAUUUAUUUUAUUAAAUACAUUUUUUUUUAAAGCCUCCCUAUCCUCCUUCCUCUCCCACACACAUACACUGCCCCCUAUACACACAUACACUGCCCCCCACACACACAUACACUGCUCCCCAAACACACAUACACUGCCCCCCACACACACAUACACUGCCCCCAAACACACAUACACUGCCCCCACACACACACAUACACUGCCCCCACACACACAUACACUGCCCCCCAAACACACACACAUACACUGCCCCCCACAGCACACACAUACACUGCCCCCACACACACAUACACAACACUGCCCCCAUACACACACAUACACUGUGCCCCCAAACACACACAUAUAACUGCCCUAUACACACACUGCCCCACACACACACAUACACACACCAGCCCCAAACACACAUACACACUGCCCCCACACACACACACACACACAUACACAUGCCCCCCAAACACACACAUACACUGCCCCACACACUGCCCCCCAUACCACACACAUACACUGCCCCCAAACACACAUACACUGCCCCCAUACAUACACCCCAGAAACACACAUACACAUACAUAAAGUGCCCUCCCCAUACACACACUGCCCCACACAGACAUACAGUGCCCCCCAUACACACAGUGCCACCCUCACACAGACACACUGCCCCACGCAUACACUGCCCCCAACACACACUGCAACCCUGACAUACACUGCCGCCCUCACGCACUCACACACACACUUCACCGCUCACACACACUGCACCUUUCACACACACUUCACCCCUAACACACACCACUGCUCCUAUGCCCUAUAUCCCAGCAGACCCCAGGUAAGUUGUCAAACUGUUCUUAAACGGUAUGACUAAUUACUCUGGGGUGGAAUCCUGGCACUACUGGCACCAUAACUACUACACUGAGCUGAAGUGGUUAUUGUGCCAGGAUUAUUUAUUUAAAUAAUCUACAAGUGCCCCUCCCGAGAUCAGGCUCUGGAUCCGCCACUGGCCAGAAGAGGCGUAAAUGAAUGAACAAAUAAAUAAAUAAAAGGUUAUCUUUAAAAUAUCAAAGGUGUAAGAUAUUUGGUUAUUUACAAGCUAUUUGUAAAAUAUCACAAGCAAGCUUUGUAAUAUGUAGUAGAAUGUUUAGUAGAAUGCUAAGAAACUGAAUAUGUGUUAAUUAGCUAUGUAAAUAUUAUAUUAAACAGAAGAGGUUUUUUUAACUGUGUGGAUCAUUUGUAACAGAAAUGUCACUAAUACCCAACUAUCUAUGAAUUUAGACAUACACAGAGUUAUCUAUGUAAAGGGACAUUUCAGACCCACAUGGCAGUUUAGUGUGCUGAUGUGCUUUAUGUGGGAAGAGUGUGUCCUCAUUUUUCAUUUUACAAAAAAUGCAGAUUUCAAUGGAACUUUUAUACAUGAACCAGGUUACACCCCCUGGCUGUGAAUCUGACAGCCAGUUCUGUUACUUCCUGGUUUGGUUAGCUCAGUGGAGAAAAACUCAAGAGGCAGCAAUUGCCCAGAGCACCUGCCUUACAAAGACUUCUCAUUAAGCUGCAUUUGGAAGUCUGUGAUUGGACAGCCACAGAAAGUCUGGGCGGGGUUAGAAGGGGAGGGCUUGCAAAAGCUUUAGACAAAAGAACUGCAUCUUUUGCAAGCUGUAGAUAUACCCCCAAUGAAAAAAUACAUAAUUAAAUGCACACAUGUUUUCAUUGUGGGUAUAUCUACUAAAAGUUUGUAAAGUUGAUUUCAUUUGUUUUCCUUUUAAAUGUGAUUAGUUGGGUAUUCAAGCUAAAUUCAACUUGAUUUUCAAAUAUUAGGACAAAAACGGGCAAACUGAAAAUAGCUGAUUUAGAGAAUGUUUCCAGUUAGGUAAUUUUGGUCUGAAAUUCAAAGAUACCACUUCACACCUUAAUGAAUAGCCCUGGUUGGAUUUGCAACUAUUCACAUUUCACUGAAUAACCUUGCCUAUGUGCGUAUAACCAGUAAUUAUUAUAAAUAAAAAAUAUGCAUAAAAUGUUGUAAUUUUGCCAAAAGGUGCUUAGUUCAAAACCUGUACAUUCACUUUAUUUUGCAGAGUCAUCAUGGAGCGAGCUAUCAAUUAUCUUUACACUCGUCCCGAAGGCAAGAUGAAUAUACUUUGUCUUGUCAUGGCAGCGAUGAGUAUGUUCAUCUAUAAAGUGUAUGAGAUUAACUGCCCGUGUCUACCAGGAUAUAAUUUAGCCUACGGACUCAUUGUCAUCUUCAUUCCCCCAUUUAUAUUUUUCUUUUUAGGAUUUAGCUUAAAUCAUUAUUGUCUUAUUUUGUCACUGGAGCUUUCGAAACCUCAAAACAAACGGAAUAAGAAAAAAGAGGUUCUACGGUAAUAUUUGGAGCUGAUUCUAAUGCUGUAUUCAUACGCAAUCAAGUACUAGUUAAACUCUUAACAUCUCAUAGUUAUAAAUAUUAAUAUAUAGUAUAGUAAAAAAUAUAAAGCACAUAUAAAAAUUACUACAUAGUAAUAUGAAAAGCAUACAGUAAAUAUCUGGUCACUAAGAAGAAACUAGAAUUUAAAAUCUAACACACUCGACACACCUCUAGCACACUCGAAAACACCUCUCUGAAAAUGGUCAUUGCCCAAACCUUCAAUAAAUGUUGCUGAUUAAAUAAAAAUGAACAAAUCAAGGAACACAGUAGUUAAAAAAAACAAGCCAAAUCAAAACCAAUACCACUGUAACUAUAAAAGUAUUUACGGGUUGUUAGAAGAACCACAAAACAACAACCAGCCAUUCUAGCCAUAUGUAGACUGAAUAUGUUUGAUAUUUAAUGUCAACACAGAUGUGGUAGACCGAACACGGUUAGCAGUGAUUUGGCAAGGCAGAACUUGUUACUUGGAUUGAACAGUGUGACGUAUACUGUUGGAAGUAGCAGAGGAUGUUAGGGGAGCUGCUGUGAGAGUGGGGUGAGACCUUAUGAUAACAGAAGCUCUUAAUAAGAGGUAAAUUGUGUAGUUUUUGAGAUAUUUCAUAUGGUAUUCUGGGAGAGUUGCAGAAAUCCAAUGUUUCAGAAUGACUGUAUGUGGGGCAGGUUCUUAGUACCGUUAAUGCCAUCUUCUAAUUAUAAAUAUAUUUGUAGAAAGUAGAUGCUUAGCGGCACACUACCUAAAAAGUAAAUAGUCAAACCAUUUGCAACAGUUUGACAACUUACAUGGGAUCUGCCACCUCUUCCAUUGAGAGUCAGUAACUCUUCCACAGAGCUUCCGUUAGCUCUCUCGAGGAUGCCCUGCUCUUCAGGGCCAGCUUACUAGCUAAAGGGGGACAGAUAAUCUCUCUUAGUCAGUAAGCUCAGUCCUGCACUGCUGGGCUAGUUCAGGACAAAGAGCAUCUGGUUCUCUAUUGAGAAGGUGAUUGGUGCAUGGUGGACCCCAGGUAUGUUAUCAAGCCAUUAGCAACCUGUCUGACUACGUACUUACCAUUGGGAGGAGUGACAGGGCACUUCUGACACCAUAACCACUACAGCAUACUCAAAUUGUAAUUGUACUUGGAGUGUUCCUUUAAGAAUAUAUUACUAUACCUACUAGCAAAAGAGUUGAUGGCUUUCUAACCCAUUCUUUAUCUUGGUAGAUUUAUGUUUAAGUCAAUGGUGAUAAGAUCCCUGGUGGCUCCCGUCUUAUGGAUUAUUGCCUGCUUCCUUGAUGGAAAGUCUGUAAUUUGUGCCUUCAGCGAAACUUUGGAUGCAGAACAAUUUGGUGGCUUUGGCAACUUCUCGUCCAUAAGCACAGAGCUACUGUUGGCCAAAGUGCCUUGUAAGAACUUCGAGCUGCUUCGUACAUCUUCCACCAGGAAGGCAAUUUACAGGUUUCUCAAGUCGAUUUCACAGGUAAGUACUCUAUGUAUAAUAUUUCAGAACUAGACACAUGUUGAAUUAAAAACUACUACUAGUAGAUUUUUAAGUCAAGACAAGUUUGGGCCCGAUAUUUUUACAUAUUGGAUGACUAUAGAAGUAGUGAAUACCAUCUGGAUUGCAAUUUUUUAAUAUGGAUUUGCAUAUAAGAACACAUGGCUUUGCAUUAUAUUGAAACCAUGCUACCUUUAUUUAUUCUUUUAUCCAUUUUCCCAUAAUCCUCUAUAUUUGAGAGAUAGAGAACAGACUUGCUGGAGUAUGAUGAGAUGGAUUUGAAUGCAAGUGUACUGGACACAAUAUCUAUAGAACUACCUAGAUUCAUUUGGCAUGUGUUGGUUGGGUUCAUCAAAAAUUGUACUAAUUAGUGAGUUACCUAAUGUUUUAAAAUUAAGCACAACAUUCUAAUAUAAUUUUAGGAUUUUAUGUGGCACUUACCCUUACUGUAUUUGUUCUUUUAGGGUGUUGGCUUUUUAAUGGUCCUGACGCUUAUUAUACUUGCUGUCAUUAGUCGUAUUCUGAGUUCCCUUUUCAACGUCACCCGCUCCAUUCACACCCAAUAUUGGAGCAUAUUUGCAAACAUGGAGGAUCAAUAUUUUGAAGAGACCUGUCUAGCACACAACCGAUGGAUGGCUGAGAAAUGCAUUCAUGGUUACUUUGAAGAGUGUGAAAAUUAUGACGUCAAAUGUAGCCAUGAUGAUGAAGAAAAGAUCAUAUCCCCCUGGCAGAUGAUGGAUUAUGUAGAUCAUUGGUACUUGUGUCGACCACCAAUUGUUCACACAUAUGAUCCGUUGUCACAAUCUUAAUCUAUAUACAAAACAGUUGACCACUUUAGCUGGGAAGUGUUUAACAACCUUUUAAAAAAGGAGGAUAUCUAAGUUGGCAGGUUACAAAGAAUGGUUACAUUUUGAGGCAUUAAUGGCUUAGAACUUGGUAUAGCAGAUGUCAUCAUGAUUCCCCACAUUGCUCAAAAAAGGAAGACUGUGAACCAAUAGAAAUCAGUAGAUCCAACAAUGGUCAUCUUUGAUGUACAGUAUUCUAAAUCCCAGUUCCUCUCCAACACUUAAAACAGACAUUUUAACCCCUUAAGGACCAAACUUCUGGAAUAAAAGGGAAUCAUGGCAUGUCACACAUGUCAUGUGUGCUUAAGGGGUUAAAUAAAAAAUGUCUUAACAGUGAUACAUAGUUUAAAGGAACACUACAGGUCAGAAUAAAAAACAUGGAUUCCUGGCACAAAAGUGCUGGAAUUCAACAUUAAGCUGCUGGCCUUCCUCUCUCCAGAGAUUAAAGAUGAUUUUAUGCACCUUUUCUCUUAUGCCGCACCCUUCUUGCCGCAGCUGGCCUUACCUAGUCCCACGUGCCUGAGAUCUUCAAAAUUGAUUAUCUAAUGUUUUCCCAUAGCAAAGCAUUAGGAUGCUAUUGCACAUGCACGGCAAAACGACUCACUGCGACUAUUAGCAGGUUAGGGUUAGGGUAGGGUUAGGCUAGGGUAGAUUUAGGUUAGCAUAGGGUUAGGGUACGGUAGGGUUAGGUUAAGGUAGGGUUGGGAUAGGGUUUCGGAAGUGCCGAACCGAAGUGCUGAAGUCCCGAAUUGCCGAAGUGCAACAUUUUUUUUCUUACCCGAAUUUCCGAACCGACUGAAGCAAAUUUUUGGAUCAUGCACAUCUCUAACGGAAACCAGUGGAACAUUUGCACUGACUGCUUCACCUAUAGAACAUUGUCCACAAUUACAUUUUUACAUAACCGCCAUAUAUUCCAUUAAAACGUGUAAACUCCUGUUUGCAGCUAGGGACCUGAUAUAUAAAACGUAUCAGGCAUUCUUUUUUUCCCCAUGUAUUGGUUAAGGACUGAUGUAAUGAUGAGAUAUAAUGUUAUAUAAUAUGUAAUUAGAUAUUAUAUUAUAAAAAUGCAUUUUUGUGUA